AAUAUAGAUGAUAAAUGUUUUGAGUACUUCAUUCAAACAAAACAUAUUUUGUAAGACAUUAUAUUUGGAAAACGAUUGCUAAAACAAUGUCGGACAACGAGGACUCAGAGCCAUGCGACUUUGCAAAUAUUACGGACCAAGUUCAGCAGCCAGUGCUGGAGCCGGAGGAAAUGGGCAUUCUUCCGCCCAACCAUCCGCUAUUGCGGAAAUUCCAGCAAUCUUUGAAAGAACAUCUUCUGCGUACAAAAAACAAGUUAGAAAAUGAGAUUGUAGACAUAAAAUACGAAGCUAAAGCCAAGGAGGAACGUCGUGAAGAACAGGGACUGGCCUUGUAUGAUAUGCAAAAUAAAAUUACCUUCCAAGAACAACAAAUUAAAGAAAUAUCUGCCCAAAUUGAUGAGCAUAUUGAAAAGCGCCAACAAGAAGAAGCUGCUGUGGAAAUAAUUAAAAAGGAAUAUGAAGAAAAAGUCAAAUUAACAAGAGCCCAAAAAACGUUGUAUCAGAACCGCAUGAUGGAGCUAGAAGACCUGCAAAGCUUGGGUAGUAAUAUAAGGAAAUGGGCAUAUGAAGUCGAAGACGAAGUUAAAAAUGCCAAACGGAUUGUUAGCAGAGAUGCUCAAUUGCAAAAGCAGCUGUCUGAGGAGAAAAGAAAAUCGGACAUCCUUUUUUAUCGGCUGGAUAUGGAAGUAAAAAAAAAAGAAGCCGAGCUGCAAUCUAUUUCCGAAGAUGAAAUCGCAAUUAAGGAGGUGGUCAAUAUACUCAAUAUGAGCAUAGCAGACGCCAACACCGACUUGGAGGCUCUACAAAAUGAACACAAGCGAUUACUACAGGCCUGGAGUGAAGUCAUCAUAGCAAUUCAGCUAAGAGACAAAAUCUUAUUUCAAGUUCAGGACAAUAUUCGAAAACAAAAAGAGUCAAUAAAAUUGAAUUCAAAUGGGAUUGAUGCCGUGAAAAAACAAAUCGCAAGAGAGAUGGAGCUCAAUAAAAAACUGGAGUCAUUUAAACAGCGAAUGGCCGAUGAUAUGAGUAACCUUAGUCGAGACUGUCAACGGGAAGUGGAUACCCUAGUCGUGCUGCAGACAAAGCUUGAGGAAUUUCCAGACUUUUUGGCUCGAACUGAGACUGAUUUACAAGAAGCCACUCGUGAAGGGACUAAAUUAUUAUCAGAAAUCCGGCGGCUUGAUCACAUAUUGGACAAAAAUCACCAAAAAAAAUUUCGAAUUGAGGAAGCCAUACUAAAAUUAGCCCAGGACCAACUGAUUACGGACAAAGCUAGUGCGUAUCGCUUAAAAUUAUUGAAUAAGGCACAAGAGCACCGUCGAAACGUGGACUUGUCAUUGUCGAAGGUACAAAAUCAAUUGGCAUUAGCCAUGCUCGAUGUGGAAAAACUGCGAAGCAUCCUAUUUAAUACAAAAAAAGAAAAUGACAAGAUUCAAGAAAAUCUCACUAACGCAGAACAAAAAUCAAAUAGCUUGGAUGAAGACUUAAAGCAAAUGCAAAACAAAAUUGAAAUCAAAAUGAAGCGAUUCGAAAAGUUGAACAGCCAAGUUGAAGAAAUCCAAAACGCGUAUGGUGAAGAUGCUGGUAGUCCUACUGAACUUAAGAUUAGACAAAUAGAAAAAUCCAUUCACCUCGGUGAGCACCAAAUCAGAGAACAUCAACAAUUUUGGAUAAUGCUCCAAAAUCACUUUGUAAAUUUGACCCACAAAAGAAGCGAACAGUUACAUGAAAUUCAGGUGACUCGAAAACAAUUGUCAAUCAUAAAGCAAAAAUCGCUUAAGGUGGAACAAGAACUAGAAAUAUCUGAAAAUAAGACAAGAGAUCUGAAGCUCGACAUUCAGAAGUAUACCUCGAAACUGGAACUGCUCAACGAGAAAAUAUACACUAAAAGAAAACACCAUGAUGUCGAAGAGAGCGUAUAUGAGCACGAACAGGCUGAGCUUAGCCAAAAACUAAAAGACACCGAGAUGAGCACAUUAAAGUUGGAAAAAGAUAUAAACGAGUUGAUUAAUGAAAUUGAACUGAGCAAGGAUCUGGUGCUGGAUAACCAUAGAGAAGCAUUAUCUUGGGAAACCAAGCACAAACUGAUUGAGGAAACUAUAGAUUGGACUAAAACAGAGCGCUCAUUGAAUGGUGAAAUUGGAGCAAUGAAGGUAGAAAUUCACAGAAUGACAAUUCGCUUUAAUCAAUUGAAACGCGCACAAGAAAAACUGGUGCAGGACUUGGAGCAUUGUGUAAUGCAUCGAGAACAAAUUUUCGUAAAUGCAACUGUCAAAGAACAUGUUGACGCAAAAAAGAAAAAAUAUAAGAACCAAUCGCAGGCCCAAAUGAAACUUGAAGAAUUACGAAAUAAGACAAAGGUUAUUCAAAAUGAAAUAGUAUUUCUCUCAGAAACCCGGCUCAUAGAUGAUUUAAACAAUAUAGAGCGCAUGGUCUACAUUCUUAGAAAGAAUCAAAAUGAUCUGAAAGAAGUUACUAAUAAAGAUGCCUCCAUUCGAUCCCAGAUCCAGGACGCUCUACUCUAUAAGCAUAACAAUUUGGAGCAAAUAAUUCGCAAACAGAAUCGUGCAAAAGCAUUCCGCAGGCUAAAUAAUAUGAAGGGACAACAUAAAAUCCUACGCUCGGAGAGUAGCAUUCAAACGCAAUUUGAGGGCCAACUUGAAAUGAAUGACACUCUGAUGGAAAUAGUUAAGACCCUACGUCGUGACUAUCCCGAGAAAAAAUCGUUCUUUUCAAAAAUUAUUCAUUUCUUAAAAGAAUAAAUUAACUUUAAAAAUUGUGCAAAUCA